AUGGCGGGGCGACGCAGUAACUUCAUCGACAGGGCGCCAACAGAGGUGAGCAGCAAACCCGCGCGGGGAGCCCGCGAAGCAGGGCCGCGCGGUAUUUACGGAGGCGGGCCCAGCGACGAGCAUUCCAGCGAGCCGAGCACUGCACUCGCCAGAACCGCUUCGCGCAACUCGGACACACUGGAGUACUGGUUCUUGCCGUUGUCGUACACCGUGCGCGACAAAAUGGCCCACAAGUUCUCUAUCGGAUUAAGCAUCAGCACUGCCUCGGGAGAGGCGGGCCUCAACCAACCGCAGUUUCCUGCUGCGCGCAGAGUUAACACUGCUCUCUGGAGUGAGAGUGCCGAGGUCGCUGGCCAGAGGUCGCUGCGCAGCCACGACGACACAUACGGCAAGGGCGAGCUGGAUGUCGCCGAUGCUGACGACCAAGAGACGACUCUCGAGUUGUUGAAAAAGAUCAAGAUCAACCCUGUCAAGUGGGCCAAGGCGAAGUGGACGGACCACAAGCUGCGUCGAGCGGAGAGGCUCGCGGAAAAGCAGAAGAGCUUCAAGCAGGAUAUGGAGACGAUGGCGUAUCUACAAGAAGGCAUCACUUGUGACCUUCAUGAGCAACAAUCGUCAACAUAG